AUGGAUGAAGACGGGCUGGGAAAACCUCUGCUUGGACUUGAGAGUCUCAGCACCCAAGACAUUGAUCUGGGGAAUCUGGCCCUCGAAGAAGUUUUUGAGCAGCUGAGCACGUCUCGAUGUGGUCUCUCCUCGGCGGAUGCCGCGGAGCGGUUGCAGCUGUUCGGCGCAAACCGACUGGAGGAGAAGCGCGAGAACAAGGUCCUCAAGUUCAUCAGCUUCAUGUGGAACCCUCUGUCCUGGGUGAUGGAGGCAGCGGCCAUCAUGGCAUUAGUCUUGGCAAAUGGGGGUAGUCAGGGUCCUGACUGGGAGGACUUCGUGGGAAUCGUCUGCCUUCUCAUCAUCAACUCGACAAUCAGCUUCAUCGAGGAGAACAAUGCCGGCAAUGCCGCGGCUUCGCUCAUGGCCCGCUUGGCGCCUAGAACAAAGGUUCUUAGAGAUGGGCAAUGGCAAGAGCUGGAUGCCUCUGUACUGGUACCGGGGGACAUCAUCAGCAUCAGGCUUGGUGACAUUGUCCCUGCCGAUGCGCGGCUACUCGAGGGGGAUCCUCUCAAAAUUGAUCAGUCAGCUCUCACUGGAGAAUCACUUCCUGUAACUAAAAGGACCGGUGACCUAGUGUUCACUGGUUCAACUUGCAAGCAUGGUGAGAUUGAAGCUGUCGUCAUCGCCACCGGGAUCCGCUCAUUCUUCGGGAAGGCGGCCCAUUUGGUGGACACCACAGAGGUUGUAGGCCAUUUCCAGAAGGUUCUUACCUGCAUAGGCAACUUCUGUAUCUGCUCAAUUGCGGUGGGGGUGAUCGUUGAGGUUAUCGUCAUGUUCGCGGUCCAGCACCGGUCAUACCGGGAGGGGAUCAACAAUGUGCUUGUUCUUCUGAUAGGAGGGAUACCGAUCGCGAUGCCAACGGUUUUGUCGGUCACGCUCGCAAUAGGUUCUCAUCGCCUAUCUCAGCAGGGUGCCAUCACCAAAAGAAUGACGGCCAUUGAGGAAAUGGCCGGAAUGGAUGUUCUCUGCUGCGACAAAACCGGAACCCUCACUCUCAACCAUCUUACCGUUGACAAAGACCUAAUCGAGGUUUUCAGCGGAGGAAUGGACAGGGACAUGAUAAUCCUGUUGGCUGCAAGAGCAUCAAGAGUGGAUAACCAAGAUGCAAUCGACAUGGCCAUCAUAAAUAUGCUCUCUGAUCCCAAAGAGGCGCGCGCAAACAUCACCGAGGUUCACUUUCUCCCGUUCAAUCCGGUCGACAAGCGGACGGCCAUAACAUACAUUGAUUCUGGCGGCAAUUGGUUCCGGGUCAGCAAAGGUGCUCCUGAGCAGAUCCUCAACCUGUGCUACAACAAGGACGACAUCGCCGAGAAGGCGCAGCGGGUCGUCGACAGCUUCGCCGAGAGGGGCCUCCGUUCACUAGCAGUUGCUUACCAGGAGGUCCCGGAGAGAUCGAGGGACGGCGACGGCGGGCCGUGGGUGUUCUGCGGCGUGCUGCCGCUGUUCGACCCGCCGCGGCACGACAGCGCCGACACCAUCCGCAGGGCCCUGGACCUGGGCGUGUGCGUGAAGAUGAUCACCGGCGACCACCUGGCGAUCGCCAAGGAGACCGGCCGGCGGCUCGGGACGGGGACCAACAUGCACCAUUCGGCGGCGCUGUUCGGCCGCCGCGGCGGCGAUGGUGGCGACGAGGGGGCGGCGAUGCCGGUGGAGGAGCUGGUGGAGAGCGCGGACGGGUUCGCGGGCGUGUUCCCGGAGCACAAGCACGAGAUCGUGCGGCUCCUGCAGGCCAAGGGGCACGUGUGCGGGAUGACGGGCGACGGCGUGAACGACGCGCCGGCGCUGAAGAAGGCGGACAUCGGCAUCGCGGUGUCGGACGCGACGGACGCCGCCCGGGCCGCCGCCGACAUCGUGCUGACGGAGCCCGGCCUCGGCGUCAUCGUCUGCGCCGUCCUCACCAGCCGCGCCAUCUUCCAGCGCAUGAAGAACUACACGAUUUAUGCCGUGUGCAUCACCAUACGAAUCGUGGUUGGGUUUGUUCUUCUGGCGUCGAUAUGGGAGUACGACUUCCCGCCAUUCAUGGUGCUCAUCAUAGCCAUACUCAACGACGGGACGAUCAUGGCGAUAUCCAAGGACCGGGUGAAGCCGUCGCGGAGCCCGGACAGCUGGAAGCUCAACGAGAUAUUCGCCACCGGGGUCGUCAUCGGCACCUACCUCGCGCUCGUCACGGUGCUCUUCUACUGGGCGCUCACCAGAACCACAUUCUUCGAGUCUCACUUCGGGGUGCGGUCUCUGAAGGGCGACGCCGAGGAGGUGUCGUCGGCGGUGUACCUGCAGGUGAGCAUCACCAGCCAGGCCCUGAUAUUCGUGACCCGCAGCCGGGGCCUCUCCUUCCUCGACCGGCCGGGGGCGCUGCUCGUCUGCGCCUUCGCCGCCGCGCAGCUGGUGGCGACCCUGGUGGCGGUGUACGCGGCCGUCGGCUUCGCGUCGAUCAGCGGCGUCGGGUGGCGGUGGGCCGGCGUCAUCUGGCUCUACAGCCUGGCGUCCUACCUCCCGCUCGACCUCAUCAAGGUCGCCGUCCGCUACGCCCUCAGCGGCGACGCCUGGAGCCUGCUGUUCGACCGGAAGGCUGCGUUUGCAAGGAGGAGGAGAGACUACUACGGCGAGGAGGGCCGGCGGGGGGCGGCGCUGUCGGCGCGGCGGGCGCUCUCUGACCAUCUCCUCAGCAGCCGGACGCCGCGCUCUGCCACCGCGGAGCAGGCGAGGCGGCGCGCCGAGAUCACAAGGCUGGGAGAAACGCACUCGCCAAGGGCGCACCUCCAGUCUGUGAUGAAGCUCAAGCGCGCCCGGUCGGCUCACUCCGUUUGA